UAACACAACUUUUGAUAAAAAAAAACAAACAAAAAAAACAUUUAACCUAUAUUAAUAAAUGAUGUGAAAGUAUCGUUUAUUGUUAGUUCAUGUUAACUCAUUUUAAUCAAAUGAGAAGUGAUGAAGCGUUGAAAAUGAGAAUGAUGAAGUGUUACCUUUAUAUCAAUGUAAUACAACUGAUGGAUUUUUAAAUGUAUUUUAAAAUGUCCAAAUGCAAGUUUGGGUUCACCAUACCUGAUGAUUUGCCUUAUGUCAUCAUGAACAUGAAUCCAAAGGAAUGAAAAAAAACUUCACUGAAAAUUCCAUGACGGGGAAUGACACCAAUCCUGAGUGAAGUGCACUGAAAGCGAAAGUUCCCCUGGAGGCACAAGAGGGCGGUGCCUCAGGUGAAAAGGAGGCGGGGCAGCUUGGGAAAGUGGGCGUGACUGAGUGUGUGUAAGAGAGUAAAUAUUUUUCACUACUGGUGGAACCUGUCCGUCUGCUUCACCGGAGACACAGAGACUCAGCCUGAAGUGUAGGACGCACAAAGAACAGCGGAGAGAACACAAACACAUUUACCAGCAAGAAACCAAAAAGAAUGCUGGAUGGAGCAACAGUCUGAACGUAGACCAGGAUUGGAGAUCAUGUAGAUGAAGACGACAUGCAGUGUGUUUGUUUACGUGACAGGUGCAUUGGUGUGUUAGUCUGAAUGAGGCGUGUGUGUUUCUGAGGACCUUUAAUGGGUAGAAGCAUCCUGGAUAUGGGGGGAUGUCAGAGUUACAGCAGCUCUGAUGAAGAGGAUGUCAGCGCUCUGAAGGCAAACUACACCAAUGUCAGCCUGUUCAAAGUAAAGAAUAACAGUCUACAUAUAGUCCUGUCUGCUGAGGUCAAACCUUACCUGAAAGAUCACUUCCUGUCCAGACGCAUCACUGAUCUCGACCUUCUGACCCUCUCUGCCCUGCCACACGGCCUCGACCAGCAGGAGUGGAUAGCAACAAACACGGUGUCGUUUUUCCAGCACACAACCCUCUUCUUCAGCGCUCUGUCUGAUUGUUGCUCAACGACCACGUGUCCAGCAGCCAAGAGCUCAGGAAACAUUUUGUAUGAAUGGACAGACGAUCAGGGGAAGAAACUGAAGUGUUCAGCUCCCAUCUACAUCGACUACGCCUUGUCCUACAUCCAGGAGAUACUCGCAGAUGAGCGUGUGCUUCCCACCAAGGCUGGUUCAGCGUUCCCUUCUGGAUUCAUGUUCCUGAUACAGAAGAUCUUUGUGAUGCUCUUCCGCACGCUGGCUCACCUGUUCAGCGUUCACUACCAGGACGCCAUCGCCGUGGAGAUACACCCACACCUCAACACGCUCUUCACACACUUCAUCACCUUCAGCCACAUGUUCAGACUGCUGGAGCCCUCAGAGACAGCGCCGAUCGACGAGCUCAUCGCCGUGCUCACACACUGAUUCACAAACACAAGGAAUACACACGUGAGGUCUUCACCAAAAAAAUUCACAAACGGGACACUCUGUAGUUUUGGCACCUAAUGGACACGUGCAAGUGAAGACCACGAGACUGCGAGUCCACAUCAAGUGCACUAUUUAGGACAGUUCCUUUUUUGAUGUUACAUGAAGAAUCCCUUUGAUGUUUUGACCCAGUAGAAUUAGAAUGUGUCAAUCAACUUCAGACUGAGCUCUGAUUGGACAGCGCAGAUGACCCCGCCUGUACGUGGUUUUUCAGUGCCAGCUGUGAAUGUGGGCAAUUUUCUUUUGGCCAGUGGCCACACGGCCUUUCAACGAGAUGCAAUUCUUAGGAAUCUGGGAGCUUUCAACUGUACUUUGCAAAUUAUGGCAGCAUUCCUUCUUGGUGUGUUUGUCUGCCACACUGAAUGAAAAAAAAAAAAACACUUUUUAGGAGGGGGAAAAAUGCUUUUCCAAAAAGAUAAACUGCCAUUCAAGAGUUUGGGGUCACUAUUUUUUUCCCCCUUAAAGAAAUGACUACUUUAACUCAUUAAAUUGACCAAAAGUGAGUCGGUAACAGUAAAUACAUUUAUAGUGUUACAAAAGAUUUGUUUCAAAUAAAUUGUGUACUUAUUCUAUUCACCAAAGGAUCAUGAAAUUUUUUUUAAAAAUAUCAGUUUCCACAAACUUAUUAAGCAGCACUGUUUGCAACAUGGCUGCUGAAAUAUCAGCUUUGCCUCACAGAAAUAAAUGACAUUUUAAAACUAUAUUAAAAUGCAAAACGUAUCUUAAAGUGUAAUAAUAUUUCAAAAUAUUACUGUUUUCAUUUAUUUUCGAUCAAAUAAAUGCAGCUGUGGAGGGCGUAAGAGACUUUUUUCACAAACAUUAGAAAUCUUACCGACCUCAAACUUUUGAACUGUGUAUUUUUAAAUUAAUCACAAACACAUCAUGUCCUAAUCAGAUGCGACGCGAUAAUACCACAAAAGAAAAGACUUUUCCUUGUUUUCCCGAGUUUUUAUCCAAACCCGACUGUGACAACUAAAAGUACGUUUAUGAUCACGUGACUCCUAUUUCCGUAGCCCCGCCCAUUCUGACUGGUGGCCACUAGUUUAAUGUGUGAACAAACCUACGUGACCAUAGCAACCCGGGAUUAUCAGGAAUUCAUUAAUAUUUUAUUUUGAAUUAAGAAAUUAUUAUAUUAAUUAUUGUAGAAAUUAUUACAUAAUUAAAUUAUUAUAUUGACCAUAGGCUAUCGGAUUGUAUAGGCAAUUGCACGCGAUGUAAACAGCAUUCGAAAUAAGUUUAUCAUGAAUAGACUAAAUGUUACAUAAAGUAACGUUACAUAAAAUAAAAUAGACCUACAAGAAAACAUUUUUAUCCAUCCCACAAUCUUGGUAGCUGUGUGUGUCCAUUAACUGAUCGUCUUUUUCCGUAAUAUUUGUAUAUUAUUAUUAGCUAUUAUUAUCAACACCAUUAUUAGCCUAUUAUUAUAUUUUUAUAUUCCUUUUUCCCCUUCAUUUCGAUCUCUUUACAUAACGUUCUGGCUAGUUUUGUAAAUAAGCCUACUGUAAAUGCUGAACAUAAAGCUUUGAUCAUGCUGACUGGAAUUUAUAGCCUAUUGGAAAUGCAGUUGAAUUUAAAAUAUAUUUCUUUUUUCCUGCGAAUUAAUAAUCAUUAAUAUUAUAGCCUACUGCCUACUGUUUCCCUGAGAAAUGAAUCAUCCACGUAGUUUCAUUUGUAAAUGAAAACACAACACGUUCAUUUAUCAUCACGCACUGGCAUAAAUAGCCUACAAUCAUAAAGUAUUGGCAUAAUUGUCAGGCGUUUACAGUAUUUGCAAAAUAUAUGGUAGCAAAUAGCAUAACGUUAAUUAGGUAAAGCGAUACACGAAUUGAAAGGGUAAAUAAUAAAAUAUAUUUAUAUGAAAUAAAUAUAAAAAUAUAGCCCUA